AUGACAUACUCGGAGUAUUCUGUUGAAGAUGAAAUCUUCACCUUCUUUAGGAAAACGUCGGCCUGUCGCUCAGAAUGCGAUGCGCGCGCAGAGGAGUUAGUUGGCGGCACGGCAACCACCAUCGACGUGCAAGGAAACUGCAGCUACUCUGUUUACGCUGGGCCAUGUCUCGAGCACGUUGUCCAAUUCCGACUGAAGUCUUUGAAGCUUGAUAUGAGGACUGCUGCUCUUGCGAGACAUGUGUACGGAUCCUACGCUCCCAUAGACUCGUUCGAGGGCCAAGUGGGUGACGACGAGUCGAAAGAGAAUGAACCUCUCUACGUCUACGUUAUGAAGUGA